AUGGACAACUACAACAACAAUUAUUAUGGUGGUCAUGGGAAGGAACAACGUCACAGCCAGAACCAUUCGAGUACCGAGCUUUUUUCCUCUGCUAAGGUCUUGUCGGACGCGGCACAGUCCGUUUACAACCAUGAACCUGGCAAGGUGAACAAGGCCAAGGUUGCGGUUGCUGCUUCCAAUAUUUUAGGUGCAACUGGUGUUGUUGAUGAGAGUAAGGGCGUUGGCAUGUAUGUUGACAAAGCCGCUGGUUAUCUAAGUCAACAUGACUCUUCCUCCGGUGUUCCUACCGGACGAAAAAAGGGUUAUUCUGGUGGUGGGUUUGGUGGAAAUGGUGGUUAUUAUGGAAAUAAGGAUAAUAAGUAUCAUGAGAGUGGUUAUGGACGUUAUGGUGGUGGUACUACAGGUGGUGGUUACGGUCUUGAUAACCGAUCUAACAGUGGUUAUGGAGGUGGACGUUCUGGUGGAGCUACUGGUGGUGGUUAUGGUUCUAAUGGUCGUUCCGGUGGUGGUUAUGGGAAUAAUAACGAGAGCGGGUAUGGAGGUGGACGUUUUGGUGGUGGUUAUGGUUCCGAUGACCGUUCUGGUGGUGGUUAUGGCGCUAAUGACCGUUAUGAGAGUGGAUAUGGGCGUUCUGGUGGUGGAUAUGGUGAUGGAGGGCGUUCGAGUAUUGGUGGAUAUGGCGAAGAAAACCGUUCUAGUGGUGGCUAUGGAUAUGGAGGGCGUUCUAGUGGUUACGGUAAUGAGCAAAGUUUUGGAGGGUAUGGUAGGGAUGGUCGUGAUAGUCGCUUCAGUGGUGGAUAUGGCUAUGUUAAUUAA